GAUAAUUCGUACAAAUCGAACUGUCUCUACCACGAAAUUUGUAUUUAGUUUUCCAUUUUCCUCGACUUUAGACAACUUCAAGUUUGUAAAUUAAUGUCUGCCAUGGAUGGUGGGAAGAAGAAGAAUGGUAUCUUUGCGGCAACCGAUUGCAAUGAUAAUAAGCCAUAUCCCAUCGCCAAGAUCGAUUGCUGCUUUGACAUUGAUGGGAAGAUAACCUCCCUGGAGGCCAAGAAGAAGAUGAUGAAAGCUGUUGGGGUCGACAUGAAGAAGAUGGCUGACGAAGCCAAACGACUACGCUGGGAGAACACAAAACUAAUGCUGGAAAAUCUAUGGAAAUACAACAUGCUGCAAAUGGAAGAAGGCGCCUGCGCUGCUGUCAUCGCGGAAAAUCAAGAUCACCAUUAACAUAAACCAUUUACAAAAUAUUGUUUGGAAACAUCUUCGA